UUUUAAAAAAUAUAUAUUUAUUGGGGCAGGGGUAGAUAGUAUAAUGGUUAUGCAAAGAAACUCUCAUGCCUGAGGCUCCAAAGUCCCAGGUUCAGUCCCCUGCAACACCAUAAGCCAAAGCUGAGCAGUGCUCUGGUAAAAUAUAUAUAUAUAUUGGUUAGAGACAGAAAAUGAGAUGGAAGUGGGAAACAGAGGAGAAAGAUAGACCCCUGCAUCCCUACUUCUCACUUAGGAAGCUUCACCGCCACAGGUGUGGACUGGGGGCUUGAACCUGGGUCCUUGUGCAUGGUGAGCACAUUCAGGACGCCAUCAUCACCCUCGAGAGCAUCCGGAAUCACCCCGACGUGGCCUUGUGCUCCACCAUGGCCCUCAUUUAUGCUCACAAGCACUGUGAAGUCGUUGACCGAGAAGCUGUUCAGGAGCUGGAGAGCAGACUGAAGGAAAUCCGCAAGAAAGCCAGCGGGACGGCGCUGUACUAUGUCAGCCUGUUUCUCUGGCUCAUGGGAUGCCACGACAAAGCCAAGGAGUACAUCGACCGCAUGCUCAAGGUCUCCAACAACUCCAGAGAGGGCUAUGUGCUCAGAGGCUGGGUAGACCUGACCUCAGGAGAGCCCCAUGCUGUGAAGAAAUCCAUUAAGUACCUGGACCAAGGAAUACAGGACAGCAAAGAUGUGCUGGGGCUGAUGGGGAAGGCAACAUACUUCCUGGUGCAUCAGAACUACACGGGGGGCCUGGAGCUGGUGAACCAGGUCACAGUGGUCUCAGGCAGCUUCCUGCCCGCCUUGGUCCUGAAGAUGAGGCUGUUCUUGGCUCAGCAGGACUGGGAGCAGGCAGUGGAAACAGCACACAGAAUCCUAGAGAAAGAUGAGAACAACAUUGACGCCCGCCAAAUCCUAGCUCUGCAUGUGCUUGCCAGAGAAGGCAACAUGACCACAGCUGCAGAUCGUGUCAGAAGUCUGAUCAAGGCUCUAGAGACACGAGAACCCCAAAAUCCAAGCCUCCAUCUGAAAAAAAGUCUUGCUGUUAGCAGACUGUGCGGGAGGCAGCAGGUGAUUCUGCAGCAGAUGUGUAGCUUCCUGGAGCGCACCUUCAUGGCCGCACCCUGCUACACCCAUGUGGCCACGGAGCUGGGCUACCUCUUCAUCCUGCAGGACCAAAUGAAGGAGGCGUCCCUGUGGUACUCAGAGGCCCUGAAACUGGAAGAGAGCAGCGCAGCAGCCUUGACAGGGAUCAUCUGGUGUCAGAUCUUAGAGGGCCAGCUGGAGGAGGCAGAGCACCAGCUGGAAUUUCUGAAGGAGGUGCAGCAGUCCCUGGGGAAGUCGAAGGUGCUGCUCUUCCUCCAGGCCCUGCUGACCUCCAGGAAGUACAAGGGGGAUCAGGAGGUCACCUCGCUCCUGAAGGAGGUGGCUGAGCUGCACUUCUCCAGCAUGCAGGGCCUCCCCUUGGGUGCAGAGUACUUUGAGAAGCUGGACCCUCUCUUCCUGAUCUGCAUUGCCAAGGAGUACUUGCACUUCUGCCCCAAGCAGCCCCGGUCGCCAGGCCAGAUCGUGUCUCCAUUCCUUAAACAAGUCACCAUGAUCUUGUCCCCCGUCCUCAAGGCUGCACCAGCUCUGAUGGAGCCCUUGUAUGUGAUGGCGCAAGUCAAGUAUCUCUCAGGAGAGUUGGAGAAUGCCCAGAACACCCUGCAGCGCUGCCUGGAGCUGGACCCCACCUCUGCAGAUGCCCACCUGCUCAUGGCCCAGGUCUACCUGGCCCAGGGCAACUUUGCUAUGUGUUCCCACUGCUUGGAGCUGGGUGUGAGUCAUAACUUUCAGGUUCGAGACCACCCUCUCUACCACUUCAUCAAGGCCAGGGCCCUUAACAAGUCUGGGGACUACCCAGAGGCCAUAAAGGCACUGAAAAUGAUCAUGAAGUUGCCCAACGUGAGGACAGAUGAGGGCAAGAAGUCCCGUGGGCCCUCCCUGCAACCUGGAGAGCGGGUCUCCAUCUUGCUGGAGCUGGCAGAGGCCUUCCGGCUGAAUGGGGAGCUGGAUGAGGCCUCCAGGGUGAUCCAGGAGGCCAUGAGGGAGUUCAGGGGCACGCCAGAGGAGAGCCGCAUCAUCAUCGCCAACGUGGACUUGGUCCUGAGCAGGGGCAACGUGGACAUGGCACUGAGCAUGCUGAGGAACAUUACGCCCAAGCAGCUGGGCUACACGGAAGCCAGGGAGAAGAUGGCCAGCAUCUACCUGAUGACCCGCAAAGACAUCCGCCUCUAUAUCGGAUGCUACAGGGAGCUCUGUGAGCAUCUGCCCGGCCCGCACACCAGCCUGCUGUUAGGCGAUGCUUUCAUGAACAUUCUAGAGCCCGAGAAGGCCCUGGAGGUGUAUGAUGCUGCCUACAGGAAGAACCCCCAUGAUGCCUUCCUGGUCAGCAGGAUUGGGAGAGCCUGUGUCAAGGCCCAUGAGUACACCAAGGCCAUCAACUACUAUGAGGCCGCGCAGAAGAUGAGCGGGCUGGACUUCCUGUGCUGCGACCUGGCUGAACUGCUCCUGAGGUUAAAGAAGUUCAACAAGGCGGAGAGAAUCUUGGAGCAGGCGCUGGAACACGACUCUGUGAACGACAUUCCGUCCAUGAUGACUGAUAUCAAGUGCUUGCUUUUGCUGGCAAAGGUCUACAACAGCCAGAAAAAAGAAGAUGUGAUCAAAACUUUAAACAAGGCCAUGGAGCUGCAGACUCGUAUACUGAAGCGAGUUCCCCUGGAACAACCGGAAAUGAUGCCCUCCCAGAAACAGCUGGCAGCCUCCAUCUGCACCCAGGUUGGGCAGCACUAUAUGGCAGAGAAGGAGUAUGCCAAAGCAGAGCGGUCAUUCAAGGAUGCCCUGACCUACUGUCCCACAGACAACAAGGUGGAGCUGGAGCUGGCACAGCUGUUCCUGCUCCAGGGGCACCUGGACCUGUGUGAGCAGCACUGCGCCAUCCUCCUACAGACCCAGAAGAGCCACGAGGCUGCCACUGCGAUGAUGGCUGACCUGCUGUUCAGGAAGCAGAAGCAGGAAGCUGCUGUCACUCUUUACCACCAGGUGCUGCAGGAGGUGCCAGACAAUUUUUCAUUAUUGAAUAAAAUGAUUGACAUGCUUCGAAGAUGUGGCCAACUAGAAGAGGCCCCUGCCUUCUUUGAGCUGGCCCAGGAGAAGUGCAGCCGUGCACCUCUGGAGCCAGGCUUCAACUACUGCAGAGGCAUCUACUGCUGGUACCUAGGACAGCCCAACGAAGCCCUGAAGUUCCUAAAUAAAGUUCGCAAGGACAGCACCUGGGGACAGAGUGCUGUCUAUUACAUGGUUCACAUCUGUCUGAACCCAGACAACGAGAUCAUGGGUGGAGAGACCUUCCAGAACCUUACAGGGGAGAGCAAGUCCCCUGACAGGAAGGAGGUGGAGGAGCAGGGCUUGUGCACAGCGGAGAAGCUGCUGCGUGAGUUCUGCCGGCACUCGGCUGCGGGCCAGAGCCAGCUAUGGCUGCUGAAAAGCCUCUGGCUGCUGGCCACCAGAGAGAAAGCCAACGUGGAGAUGGCGCUGAACUCUUUCAUUGAGAUGGCACAAGCAGAGAGGGACAGCGUCUCCGUUCUGCUGGCCAUGGCACAGGCCUACAUGCUACUGAAGCAGGUCCCCAAGGCACGCACACAGCUGAAGCGACUCGCUAAGGCCCAGUGGACCCUGGCCGAGGCCGACGACCUGGAGAAGAGCUGGCUCCUGCUGGCAGACAUCUACUGUCAGGGUGGCAAGUUCGACCUCUCCACAGAGCUGUUGAGACGCUGUCUACAGUACAACAAGUCCUGCUGGAAGGCCUAUGAGUACAUGGGCUUCAUCAUGGAGAAGGAGCAGUCCUACAAGGACGCAGCCACCAACUACGAGCUGGCCUGGAAGUACAGUUAUCAGGCCAACCCUGCCAUUGGCUUCAAGCUCGCUUUCAACUACUUGAAGGACAAGAGAUUCAUGGAGGCCAUUGAAGUCUGCCACUAUGUCCUCAGGGAGCACCCCAACUACCCCAAAAUCAGAGAAGAAAUUUUGCAAAAGGCCCAAGGGUCUUUGAGGCCCUAGCAUUGUUUGUGGAGGCAAGAAGUCUUAUGGUGGGGGUGUGCAGUGGCUCAGCAGAAAGCAGGAUUUGAACAGUGACCUAUUCUUACCCCAUUUCUGCUCUGUGUGCGGUUGAUCUGGGUCACGCCUCACUGGUCCUAGAGGCAUCCCAAACUUUGCUGUUUCCAAGAGCACAGAAAGCAGUUUCACUGUGGGGAAGGAAGCCAUCAACUGGUUGAGCUGCUGCUGGGCCUCUGGGCACCUUCUAAUGGGCCCCACUUUGAUCCCAGACACUGUGAUGAGGCAGAGGGGAACAAAGAGGUGGUUAAAACAAAUACCCUACAGCUAUGUUAGCCCAGAAUGCCUCCCUGUCCAGUCCUCCAGUCCUGGGGCUGAGGAAACCGUGCUGGUGCUGGGAGAGGGCCUUUCUGGGGCAGCUGCAGCAGGCCCCCAUAACUGAGCUGUCACCCCAGAAACCUGUGUUCUGCAGGUUGCCAAGGCCACCACCCACCCUCAUAUUACCCCUCUUCUGCUUCUCCCACCGUCUGGGGGCUGCUCCUCCCACCGUCUGGGGGCUGCUCCUCCCCUGGUCUGGGGCCAAACCUGACUACGUGGAAAUCCCUCUCAACAGGAAAAAAAUGUCUGACCUCCAGCUUUUGUGAAAGACACAGACCAAGUCAUCCUCCAAAAAUCCUUUUAACACUGCAGGGGGCAAAAGCAGUGGCCCCUCUUUAGAUGAAUGGUCUUUGUAACUGGCAAGAGGGUGACAGAGGUCACCUCUGCUAUUCUCCCAGUACCUCUUUUCCUGUUUUUCAGGAUAGUAAUAAUGGGCCAGUGUGGCCUCAGGGGAAGGAACUCUGAGCUGGCCUAGAUCUAACCUUUAGUCGACUACCCCAGUGUCCAGAAUGAAGUCUCUCUGUACCAAAUCCCUGGCAGUGACAUACGACAAGCAUUUUAAACUUCAGGGAGAAAAAGAUCUAGCAAAUCAAAACAGUGAGCUGACAGGGAAACGAGAACUGCUCUAACUCUAAGCAUACUGACAAAAAGGAAAGCACUGGGAGUCGGCCUGUAGUGCAGUGGGUUAAGCGCACAUGGCACAAAGCGCAAGGAUUGGUGGAAGGAUCCUGGUUCCAGCCCCCAGCUCCCCACCUGCAGGGAAGUCACAGGCGGUGAAGCAGGUCCGCAGAUAUCUUUCUCUCCCCUUCUCUGUCUUCCCCUCCUCUCUCCAUUUCUCUGUCCUAUCCAACAAUGAUGACAUCAACAACUGCAACAAUAAAAAAAACAAGGGCAACAAAAGGGAAAAUAAAUAAACCUGGAGGAAAAAAUGUUUUUUUAAAAAAAAAAAAGUAGAACACUUCAUCUAUAUAGAAUUCCAAUAAAAGUUUUCAAGAGAAGUUGUCCAAUGACUAAACUUUAGGACAGUGAAUGGGGUACAAAGGCCCUUCUAGAACAGCCCAAGUUGUCUUUGAUGGUUCUGAUGGCGUGUUUUUAUGACAUGUUGCUAAUCACGUGCCUGGCUUUAGGUCUGAGUCAGCAGUCUGGAUUGCUCUCUCCAGAUUACUGCCUUCAUGCCUUUUUUUUUUUUUUUUUUACUGCCUUCAUUCCUAAGGGCCACCCUUCACUUUGAGCUCCACAGCCCUGUUUCUUGGGGAUGGCUGUGCUGAGAGGCAGGUUUGCCUAUAUGGACAAUGAGACUAUAAAAUGUUGGACAUUAGUCACA